AGUUGACAGCACUCCCCAUCAGAACCCAGAACUCAACAAUGAAUUCAAUCUCACUAUCUCCCUCAGCACUGUCAUCACCCUAUCCAUUCUCGAAAAGGGUCUUUGAUGAUCCGAAAAAAGGUUGCUCCAGAACUAGAAUCAUGGCGUCAAGAAGAUCAUCAUCAGAAGCACAUGACAAGAACUAUUACAAUGGCAGGCUGGUGGACGAGAACAUGAUUGUUCUGCGCAAGAGAAUUCAUGAGAUGAAGAUGGUGGAGAGAAACUACGAGCCUCCUUCGGACUGGUUUGAUUGGGAGAAGAGUUACUAUACAAGUUAUGAUUCAAUGAUCUGUGAACUCAUGGGGUUGUUGCAGUCACAGUUGAUGGAAACCAGGCCUAGCUUGGCUCUUGGGAUGAUGGCCUUGAUCACUUUGAGUGUUCCAACGUCCAUGGCUAUGAUAUUUCUCCAUUUUGUUGAUAUCGCUAAGAAUAUCGCAUAAUUUUAGCCUAUAUAUAUAUAUAUGUUGUUUGCAAUCAAAUGCUGGAAUAUUAUAUAUAUAAAAUAAUAUAUAAUAGUGCUCCUAGUAUAUUUGAUAUUUAAUGACGAAUCAUUAGCUGAGAUGAUAAACUUA